AUGGCUCCGAGGAAGAAGAAGAGUGACAAAGACGAGUCAGACGGCUCUACACUUAUUCUCGAGUAUCUCAAAAAAGAAAAAGUUACAGCUUACGCUGUCAAGGCUCUCAAAGAAUUGCAUGAGAGGAAGGAGAUUGAGGGACGAGCUGCAGGCAAACAGCUGGUCUACCACGCCUUACAAGAUGUCACUGAAAACACCAUGGAUGUUGAUCCAGCCCGCGAGGGCGAAACCCUAGAAGACCUUGAAGAGAAGGUCUCGGCACUGAAAACACUCGAAAAACAACUUCGCGAAAAGCUAGUAGACUUAAACAGCAACAUUCCUAUCACGUCACUCCGUGACCAAAUCGCGAGUCUAGAGCGUGAAAAGGCAUCAUUACUUUCCGCCAUUUCGAGUCUUCCGACGGAUUGCGUCAGCGCGGAAGAAAUGGAUCGCGUGCAGGUGGAAUGGCUGAAGUGGCAGCGUCAGAGUAUGUCUAGGAGGAAAAUAUUUCGAGAUUUGUGGUCACGAUGCACGGAGGUGUUGCCGCAGGAUACUACGGAGGAGGAAUUGAAGGAGUCGUUGGGAUUGGAGGGGCCGUUCUGA